UGGAGGUGAGAUUCAAACCUGUGCCUUUUGGGUCCAGUUACAGCAGCUCUAAGCACUGCAAUACCAGCCCAUCCCCGUAUUAUCAUUUAUAAAUGGUCACCAGCAGGCAGAGCAGUGGUUAAGGAUAUGAACUUGUUACCUGAAUGAUGGAUCAAAUAGCACUCCCUGCUUACAGUCCUAGAGCAAGGUAAAAUACUCUACUGCACACAUGAGUAUAGUGUAUAUGGCGUUGCAUGAGCAUCACUGCCAUGCUGUGCGUCAUUCCGCUUUGACCGUCUCAAUACGGUCCUGUAGCGGGACCCCCUGCGACGCUAAACAUUUUCCAUGGAUCAUAACUACGUGGAGAAGCGCAAACUGUGUAGUUACUCUCGAAAAAUGUCUGUGCGGCUCAGCAGCAGCAGGACAACAUGUUGACAGCGAAGUUCUUUCGGGGACAUGAUGAUCGGCGAGCCUCUGGCUCUGGCUCUGCGCCCGCCGCUCAGUACCGCGCACAUGUGGGCAGAGGCAGCGCAGCGGGACGCGCAGCAUCGUUAAAAAGCGUCCACUUCAGCAGCCCUCAAGUCCCACCCCUAGUUUGAUGUCAGUUGCUCUGUCAGUCGCGCACGCAGCGAAGGACGGACGGGCGGGCGGACGCGGGGCUCCUCUCGCGCUGCGAUCGCGCGCUGCCAUCUGUCCCCGCGGCCGGGUGCGUGCGUGCAUGCAGCAGCAUGGAUGCGGCGCGGGCUCGAACGGAGGCCGACGCGCUCCUCCUGCUCACACGGGCCCGCUCCCGGUGAGGAGGUGCGCGCACGACAGGCGCGCCGGCGGCGUCCCGCAGCCCGGAGCGAUGGUGGUGGUGGCCUUUUCCCCCGCGCGCGACAGCGAGAAGCCAGGUGAUGAUGCCAUCAUGUCGAGCUCGGAUUGGGCCGAGGAAGAUCUGAGGAAAACAGCCCUGAGCCCGAGCAAGCGCCCUGGUUCCGCCAGCGCCGCCCAGGAGUUCCCAGAGGUUAUCCCCCUGAACGUGGGGGGCACCUACUUCACCACUCGGCUCUCCACCCUGCGGCGCUUUGAGGACACUAUGCUGGCCGCUAUGUUCAGCGGACGUCAUCACAUUCCUCGCGACGCCGAGGGGCGCUUUUUCAUCGACCGUGAUGGAGCAUAUUUUGGGGAUAUCCUGAACUUUCUGCGGGAGGGCGAGCUACCCCAGAGAGAGCGUGUGCGGGCAGUCCACAAGGAAGCCCAGUACUAUGCCAUCGGUCCCCUGCUGGACAGCUUGGAGGACACCCAGCCACUCACGGGGGAGAAAGUGCGCCAGGCCUUCCUUGACCUCCUGCCCUACUAUAAAGAGAACCUCGAGCGAAUUGUGGAGAUCGCCAAGCUGCGGGCCAUGCAGAGGAAGGCACGCUUUGCUAAGCUGAAGGUCUGUGUCUACAAGGAAGAGAUGCCCAUCACACCAUACGAGCGGCCGCUCUUCAACUCGCUGCGCUUUGAGCGCUCUGAGAGCGAGACCAAGCUCUUUGAACACCAUUGCGAGGUAGAUGUGUCCUUUGGGCCCUGGGAGGCAGUGGCGGACGUGUAUGACCUGCUCCACUGCAUCGUGAGCGACCUGGCAGAGCGCGGCAUCACCGCUGACCAGCAGUGCAUCGGCGUGUGCGAUAAGCAUCUCAUUAACCACUACUACUGCAAGAGGCCCAUCUAUGAGUUCAAGAUAACUUGGUGGUGAAGGACAUCCCUUGCCUUUACUCCCUCUCUGCAACAUGGCACUGACAUUAGCCUCAAAGCCCUGUCCUGCUGCUGGUAGCUUGAGGUGGAUUCAGUCAUGGUUAAAACAUUUCCCCCUGCAGUAUCUAAUCCCCAGGUUAAUGUUAUGCUUCUUUGCAGACUGUGGUUUUGCUGCUGUGACUUAAUCAUAAACUCUUAUAACGUGAUCGUCCUUUUCAGUUUUUUGGAUGCGGUUUUGGAUUCGGAUAAAUCCUUAGAGAAGCUACUUUUUGCUGAGUUUACCGCACCCGCAGCAUAAGCGUUGUGAUUGCAGCAGAUUCUCAAGGCCACUUGUCACUUGGUAGUAAGUUUUUGUGGUGGCAAAAUAAAAAGGGUUGUCUUGUCAUGGCGGUUCACCAGAACUUUCAUGAAAUAACUGGAUGAAAUGAAUCUUUUUGGUGUAAUAUCUCAACGAAUAUACGUAGAUGCACAUUUUGUUUACUUUCUCGUUAAAUGAUUUCUGGAUUUUUAUCUCCACUAUAUCCAGAUCAGAAAAACGGCAUCAGGCAACCUGCAACUGUCACAAUUUAAUUUCAAAUGAAGGCUGUGCUGAAGAGCUGGUGAAAGAGCAGAGAGGUGUCUGUAGAGGGAAAAGAUGUUCAGAGAAGUCAGGUAUUUUUAAUUGAAUUUAUUAUUUCAUUACUCGACAUCCUAGAAAAUGGAUGUCCAAUUAUUUUCCAAAUUGUUUUGUUAUUGAAUGAUUACUUUAAUCCAUUAAAGGCAGAGAGCGAUGGUUGUCUCCACCCUAGAAAACGGUUCUAUAUUGUGGUCAGUUUUGUCACUUGUGAAACUGCCCCCUAAAAUACCCAGAGGAAAUUAACGUGGGUGAAAUUAAGUUCGGUUUUGGGUGUCUUCACUGUUUGUCUCCAUUAACUUCAAAAAUUGGUUGUUUUUACAUUUUGCGAGUAAAUAUCCUUUACUUUUUUGACAACUUUCAAAAUCUUUGCGUGUUAGUAGCCAAGACCGACCAUUUACUUUUGUGGAAAUUUUGGUUUGAAACAGAGGGAAAAUAAGUCAGUUCUUUAACUGCUGUGUGAGAAAAAUGAUACAGAUAUAAUAUCUAUAUAAGGAUGGAAAUACCCUGCUAUUGUUCACCACAGCCACAGUUGUAAUUGCUUAACAGUUUGUUGCCUUAGAAACUUACUAGAUAAGACACAUAUGCAAACUCUGGGUUUCUUUUUUUUUCAUGGCUGUAGCUUCUGGAUCAAGGUGGUCAUGUAAAUUUAAACAAAAAAUCUUCAUCUAGAAAACAUUUUCAGAACACUUUUGUUGUAUCGCAACUUGUGGAAAGUUUUCUGUAGA